UGCAACACAUCCAACCACUGACACAUACAUAGAAGAGCACAAAGCAAACCACAUAAAGAUCAACACACUCAUCCAUGUUGAUCUGGUUCAAACACACUUAACCUACACUGAGGAUAGACAGCCAGGUGAGGAUGGGUGACCUUGUGAUAUUAUUGCUCACACUUUUUCCUGGUCUGUGCAUUGCUGAUUUGACAGAGAAUCUCGCUGCUGGAGCUGAAGCUGUCCAGUCUUCUACAUACAGUCAUUUAGGAGCUGCUCAAAAUGCUGUCGAUGGCAAUACGGAGUCAAAUUACGUGCUCGGGUCCUGCACUCACACUGCAUGGGACGAUCCCUGGUGGAGAGCUGAUUUGAAGGAAGUGCACAAGGUAACCAGGGUUAUCAUCACUAAUCGAGGAGACUGUUGUGAAGAGCGGAUAGUUGGUGCUCAGAUCCGCAUUGGCAAAAGCCUGGAAAAUAAUGGCAACAACAAUGAGCUGGUUACAACUGUUGGGUUCAUCCCACCUGGAGGCACAAAAACAUUUGAUUUUAAGCCUGUUGAGGGGCAAUAUGUCAACAUUUUUCUACCCGGGCAUGGGAAAUACCUCACUCUGUGUGAAGUUCAAGUAUUUGCAGCAAAGACGACAUCAGAGUGCCCUCUUGUUUUAAAGAAUCUCGCUGCUGGAGCUGAAGCUGUCCAGUCUUCUACAUACAAUCAUUUAGGAGCUGCUCAAAAUGCUGUCGAUGGCAAUACGGAGUCAAAUUACAUGCUUGGGUCCUGCACUCACACUGCAGGGGACGAUCCCUGGUGGAGAGCUGAUCUGAAGGAAGUGCACAAGGUAACCAAGAUUAUCAUCACUAAUCGAGGAGACUGUUGUGAAGAGCGGAUAGUUGGUGCUCAGAUCCGCAUUGGCAAAAGCCUGGAAAAUAAUGGCAACAACAAUGAGCUGGUUACAACUGUUGGGUUCAUCCCACCUGGAGGCACAAAAACAUUUGAUUUUAAGCCUGUUGAGGGAAGAUAUGUCAACAUUUUUCUACCUGGGCAUGGGAAAUACCUCACUCUGUGUGAAGUUCAAGUAUUUGCAGCAAAGACGACAUCAGAGUGCCCUCUUGUUUUAAAGAAUCUCGCUGCUGGAGCUGAAGCUGUCCAGUCUUCUACAUACAAUCAUUUAGGAGCUGCUCAAAAUGCUGUCGAUGGCAAUACGGAGUCAAAUUACAUGCUUGGGUCCUGCACUCACACUGCAGGGGACGAUCCCUGGUGGAGAGCUGAUCUGAAGGAAGUGCACAAGGUAACCAAGAUUAUCAUCACUAAUCGAGGAGACUGUUGUGAAGAGCGGAUAGUUGGUGCUCAGAUCCGCAUUGGCAAAAGCCUGGAAAAUAAUGGCAACAACAAUGAGCUGGUUACAACUGUUGGGUUCAUCCCACCUGGAGGCACAAAAACAUUUGAUUUUAAGCCUGUUGAGGGAAGAUAUGUCAACAUUUUUCUACCUGGGCAUGGGAAAUACCUCACUCUGUGUGAAGUUCAAGUAUUUACAGCAAAGAAGACAUCAGAGUGCCCUUUUGUUUUAAAGAAUCUUGCUGCUGGAGCUGAAGUUGUCCAGUCUUCUACAUACAAUCAUUUAGGAGCUGCUCAAAAUGCUGUCGAUGGCAAUACGGAGUCAAAUUACAUGCUUGGGUCCUGCACUCACACUGCAGGGGACGAUCCCUGGUGGAGAGCUGAUUUGAAGGAAGUGCACAAGGUAACCAGGGUUAUCAUCACUAAUCGAGGAGACUGUUGUGAAGAGCGGAUAGUUGGUGCUCAGAUCCGCAUUGGCAAAAGCCUGGAAAAUAAUGGCAACAACAAUGAGCUGGUUACAACUGUUGGGUUCAUCCCACCUGGAGGCACAAAAACAUUUGAUUUUAAGCCUGUUGAGGGAAGAUAUGUCAACAUUUUUCUACCGGGGCAUGGGAAAUACCUCACUCUGUGUGAAGUUGAGGUGUUUGCAGAUUAAGUGCAACAAGAUGAAGUUACACCUCAGUCCACUCAUCCCUGAAGCAAGAAAAAAGAAAAACAGGACAAGCACUUCUGAGCUAUACUAAUAUUGCACUUAUUUCAAAUCUUCUACUUAAAUUUUAUCCUUAACAUGCAAGUUAAAUUAAAGGUUUUAAAUGUUUUUUGUUUUUUUUAAUGCCUUGAUUCUUAACCCCAAGUUGGUCCAGGUGGACCGUCCUUGAAGAAUAUGUGCUAUAAUUGAAAAAUUGUAUGUAUCUAUUGCAGGUUGCAUAAACUGCCUAGACUAGUCUAAAAAAAGUUGUCUUUUAGGCUAAUUUGUUUUCUUAAAAACGGUAGAUUGGCCCAAAUUGAAUCAUAAAAGUGUAAGACUAAUUAGCUCACGGCUAACUGCUAAUUGGUCAAAAUUGUUCUUAAUGGCUAUGUUUAGGCAACUGGCCCAUGGUUUUAAGGAACUGGUGAUUUUGUUAGAAUAAGUGUGUUACCCAUUAUACGUUUGCGUAUUUAGGCUACUUGUUGCAGAAAAAUACCCUAAAAACAUCUCAUCUUUACUUAUCUUUCCUUUCCACAUGAAUAAAAAAGAAUGG